AUGCCUUCUGAUUUGGAAAAUCUCGGAAGACAGAUGAUGGCGAAAUGCGGUGGUCUGCCACUAGCAGUGGUGGUGCUUGGAGGAUUAUUGUCCACGAAAAGGAAGACUGCAGAGGAAUGGAGACGCGUGCUUCGAAACAUCGAAUCUCGCUUGAUUGACCAAGAUCGUGUUUCUGCAGUUUUAGCUCUAAGCUACAAUGAUUUGCCUUUCCACUUAAAAUCAUGUUUUCUCUAUAUGGGUCUUUUCCCUGAGGAUUCCUCUAUAUCGAAAACAAAUUUGAUACAAUUAUGGGUUGCAGAAGGAUUCUUACCACAACAAAGAGAAGAAGCUGGCGAAGUUGUUGCCGAAAAUUGCUUAAACGAGUUGGUUGAUAGGUGCAUGAUCCAGGUAGGAACACUAACCUCACUUGGAAGUCUUAAAGCCGUUCGCAUGCAUGAUGUUCUCAGAGACUUCUCUAUCUCCAAGGGCAGAGAGGAAAGUUUUCUUGAAAUUUAUAGUGGGCAAAAAAUUGAAUCGCCGACAUCACAACGGACCAAAUGUCGAAGGCUUGCAAUCCAUGGGGAUUCAAAAGUCGACUUUGUUUUCAAGGAUUUCAAGUUGCUCAGGAUCCUAGAUGGUGUUCCCUUUCCAUAUCAAGCACCAAGUGUUGUACGAAACCUAAUUCAACUGAGGUAUCUAGGAAUUGUAUUCAUGGGAUCUAAUCUGUUGGCAAUCAAGCUUCCUCGAUCGAUUGGAAAACUGAAGAAUCUACAGACAUUCCAAUCUGCUAUUUCAACAUGGCCUCAGAGCCAGGUUCCUUCGUCUAAACUGGGCGUGGAAUCUGUGAAGUACGAUUGA